GAAGGGGUUAAAGGUGGGGCCAGCCCUACAAACACGCGCACACACUCCUUACUCAGACCCGGUCACACGCGUUUCCCUGGCCCUUGGGGGGGGGCGGACUGGGGGGCCUGGGGCCCGGGCCUGAGCCUCUUCGCUCCAGGCUCCUACUGCCCGGCUUUGGGAGGUCGCGGACCCCACCGUCUCAGCUCACACCUUACGCCGAGCCCCCUCUCCUACGCGCACACACGCUCCGGGGCGCGCGCGCACACACCUCGGACAUUCCCAUAGUGCCUCACGUGACACACGGCCCCGAACGUGCCCACCCUUCACACACGCUCACGCACGCGUGCACACACGCGCACACACAAACACACACGGCUUCCUGGCCACUUCCCAACUCCAUUCCCGACCCUCAGCCACCCCCAGCGCAGCCCUGCGAAGGCACUCAUUGACUAUGACACACCUACACUCAUUCACAGACACACACACUCCCCCCCACACAUGCCAACCACAGACACACAUUCAUAAACAGGGCCAGAAGUACACACGCACCCCCUCGCGCGUACUCUUUCAGAGCCCUGAGUCAUUCCUGCCCCCUCUCAGGGCUCCUCAUUUUCCUGUGUGCAGGCACAUUGGCGGGCUAGGAAUUCUUCGGUGGAUCUUCUCCAGGGCCCCCUCCCACCCCUCUGUGUGUUCCCUCUGCCGCUGUGGGAGGACUUCCUGUGGGUCCCAGGUCAGGGGCAGGGAGGGCCUGGAGGGUUGCCACAACCCUGGUCUGAGUGGGGGAGGCACUUCCUUUUCCUGAACUCUGGGAUCCUGCAGGAAGAAGCUGGGAAGUUGGGCGGGGGCCCCACAGAGGACGUGCUGACAGUGGUGGGGCUGACUCUCAGAAGCACUGGGCCUUAGUGAGGAGCCAGGGCUGCCAGAGGCCUGGGAUGAGGACCGUGGCAGAGAGGAGGCCCAGUGGGGGCCGCGGCCCGGGCCCUUGCCAUGGAGUCCAUGUUUGAAGAUGACAUCAGCAUCCUGACCCAGGAGGCACUGGGGCCCAGUGAGGUGUGGCUGGAUGCCCCAGGAGACCCCUCGCUGGGAGGGGACAUGUGCUCCGCCUCCCACUUUGCUCUCAUCACAGCUUAUGGGGACAUCAAGGAGCGGCUGGGGGGCUUGGAGAGGGAGAAUGCCACCCUCCGCCGGCGUCUCAAAGUCUACGAGAUCAAGUACCCGCUGAUCAAUGACUUUGGAGAGGAGCAUGGCUUCUCUCUGUAUGAAAUCAAGGAUGGCUCCCUGCUGGAGAUGGAGAAGGUCAGCCUGCAGCAACGGCUCAACCAGUUCCAGCAUGAGUUGCAGAAGAAUAAGGAGCAGGAAGAACAGCUUGGGGAGAUGAUCCAGGCUUAUGAGAAACUUUGCGUGGAGAAGAGCGACCUGGAGACAGAGCUGGGGGAGAUGCGGGCCCUGGUGGAGACCCACUUGCGGCAAAUCUGUGGCUUGGAACAGCAGCUGCGGCAGCAGCAAGGCCUCCGGGAUGCAGCCUUCCCCAGCCCGAGCCCCCCACCUGCCCCUGCCCCACCUUGUACUGAUCUGGACCUGCACUACUUGGCACUGAGAGGGGGAUCUGGCUUGAGUCACGGCUGGCCGGGCCCCACACCCAGUGUGAGUGAGCUGGAGAGGAGGCGUUUGGAAGAGGCUCUGGAGGCUGCCCAGGGCGAGGCCCGGGGGGCUCAGCUUCGGGAGGAGCAGCUCCAGGCUGAGUGCGAGCGGCUGCAGGGAGAGCUGAAGCAGCUGCAGGAGAGCCGGGCCCAGGAUCUCGCCUCCAACCAGUCAGAGCGGGACAUGGCGUGGGUGAAAAGAGUCGGGGACGAUCAGGUGAAUUUGGCACUGGCUUACACGGAGCUGACAGAGGAGCUGGGCCGGCUUCGGGAGUUGAGUUCCCUGCAGGGGAGGAUCUUGAGGACUCUGCUGCAGGAGCAGGCCCGGAGUGGCGGCCAGAGGCACUCGCCUCUGUCGCAGCGCCACUCCCCGGCCCCCCAGUGCCCCUCACCGUCCCCGCCCGCCCGAGCGGCACCCCCGUGUCCCCCCUGCCAGUCCCCCGCGGCCACGCUGCCCAAGCCGCGCGCCUACGGCAGCGAGCUCUACGGGCCCGGCCGGCCGCUCAGCCCGCGGCGCGCCUUCGAGGGCAUCCGGCUGCGCUUCGAGAAGCAGCCGUCGGAGGAGGAGGAGUGGGCCGUGCCCACCAGCCCUCCCAGCCCCGAGGCGGGCACCAUCCGCUGCGCCUCAUUCUGCGCGGGCUUCCCCAUCCCAGAGUCGCCCGCCGCCACCGCCUACACCCACGCCGAGCACGCGCAGUCCUGGCCGUCCAUCAACCUGCUGAUGGAGACGGUGGGCUCUGAUAUCCGCAGCUGCCCCCUCUGCCAGCUAGGUUUCCCUGUUGGGUACCCGGAUGAUGCCCUCAUCAAACACAUUGACUCCCACCUGGAGAACAGCAAGAUCUAGGGUGCCUCCCCCACCCACUGGCUGUUUCUCCGUCUUCUCUCACCCCCCCCCCCCAAACACUCACUCACUUUGAAUGCUGCAUGAAUCUCGUGGGGGGCCCAUGCCCCUUGCGACCCCCAGAUACCUCCACUAGCUACCAAGUCAACGUGCGCCGUCUUCCCUGGUCCAGGCACUACUCAGCCCUGGCUCUUCCUGGAAGGCCAGCCGAGGCUCCCCCCAGCUCCCUGGUUUCCACUGGGGAGGUGGGGAUCUGGGCUGAGAUGGGGAGGGCGUACCCACCCAGCCUCUUCCUCUGCCUUUCUGUUCUCAGACAGGGUUGGAUCCACGGUGUCUAGUGCUUGGGCCUGGGGGAGGGGGAGGGGGUCAGAGGGCCCUGGGAGCUUCCCUAGCCACUCCCCAGAUGUCCCUCUUUCUCAGGCUGUGCUCUGUCCAGGGAGCACCUCCUUGUGAGGUCCCAGAGCCUGCCUUGCACAUCGAUGCCAGGUCCUCCAUCCUUUGGCCAGCUCGGGGCUCUUGGCAAGCGCCCCCUCUCCUUGGGGGAAGGUGGCAUCUUGUUUCUUGCCAUUCCCUGCAGGCUGGUCUCGUUCUCCUCUGCUCCCCUGGGGAUAAGGAGGGUGGGAGAGGAGAGGGAGGACCCUGGAGAACUGGAGGGAUUCAGCCUAAAGAGGCUGCCCUGAGGGCGGGGCUGGGGGCCUGGGGACAUCCUGCAACUUGACCCUCAGGCCAGGGGAGUAUCUGUGCUAGCCUCCCAGGCCCUCCACCCCACAUCCCCCCCUGGAGCCCCUAGUACCAAGACACAGAUUGUUAUGACAGAUGUUCCCCUUCACCCUUACCCCACUCGAGUCCCUGACACCACAGGUGCCCUGGAGCCCGUUGUGUGACUCGGCCUCUGGUAGCUGGGUGGGUGUCAUCAGCCCUGCCUCCCAGGCCAGAACCUGUGGAUGGGCCCAGGGUGCUGUUGGAGAUCAACUUCAAAAGAGCUAACCCCCUUCCCACACCCCGGCGACCCACAUUCCCUCUGUGAAAUCUACCUCAGAGUCGCACCCUCAGAAGGAUGGGUAAGCAGGAGGCCGGGGGGCCCCCAGGGCUGAGGUGGGGGGGCUUCCUAUGGCAAGAGCCUGCUGCCCCACGAUGAAUCCAACCCCUCCCCCACUGCGAGCCUCUCCCUGGUCUCAGCCCCGGGUUGGUGGCAGUGGGCGCUACUGUCAGUGCAUGUACCAUUCUGAUCCAACACUUCCAGGCACCCCCCGCCUCCUCACACCCCUCCCCUCCUCCUCAGUGCAGGGGAGUGAAGAGGUGUGCCAGGCAGGAAGGGGCCAAGGACUCCAGAGACACGUGGCAUUGUACCUCGAGUGUUCCCCCAGGGAGGGGACACAGGAAGGGGCCUGGAGACGGGAGGUGGGGGCCCCUGAGCUCUCUGAACACGUUUAAAGUCCAAAUAAAACUUACCUGUUCCAUCUGC